AUGGCUGACAAUCCAAGUAACGACGGUUUUUCAGAAGCGGAUAGAUUAAAAGAAGAAGAACUAGCUCGAGAAUUGGAACAUAGUGAUUCUAAUGAAGAUGACUCUCAAGAGAUAUCUUUGGAAAUAGAAGAAAAAUUGUUGAAAGACGAACCUGAAUACACAACAUUAGUUAAUUAUGGUGAAAGUAUAACUGAAGAGAGAAUAGCUUCAGAGCAAUACACGGAAACUUUGCCUAAAGAUGAAAUUGAAGAAGGACUUGGUAAUGUUUACACUAAAAGUUCCGAUUUUAUGAAUUCACAACAUGAUACAUUGACUGAUGCUUCUGAUAAUUAUGAUUCUUAUAUUAAUGAUUAUCCAUUUGACAACACUCAAAUUAUUGAUGAUAGUCAACUUGAGUCUAGUGUUCAAUAUGAUAUGAAAGAUGAAAAUACUGAUAGUAUUUUAAUGCAAAAUAUUGAUGACUUUGAUCAUAAUGAAUCUUCUAAUAAUGCUGAAUAUCAAACUACAGAAGAAAUGCUUUUGAGUGAAAGGGAAAGAGAAAAGAAAACAAAAAAAGAAUUGGAAGAAGAAGAAAGAGAGAAAAUGCAAGUGUUAGUAUCCAAUUUUACUGAAGAGCAACUGGAUAGAUAUGAAAUGUAUAGACGGGCAGCUUUUCCUAAAGCGGCUGUCAAAAGAUUAAUGCAAACUAUUACUGGUACUUCAGUUGGACAGAAUGUUGUCAUAGCCAUGUCUGGUAUUGCUAAAGUCUUUGUUGGAGAAGUUGUUGAAGAAGCUUUAGAGGUAUUGGAGAAGUCUGGGGAGCCUGGGCCUUUGCAACCUAAACAUCUUCGUGAAGCCUUACGUAGACUAAGAGUAAGAGGAUCAAUACCAACAAGAAAAGCAUAUAAAAAUAUGUUUCGCCUA